AUGAAUCUCUGUGAAAAGUCUGUCUCAUUCAAACCGGAGCGUGAUAUACCUCCGCUCGAUGGAAAGGUGAUCCUCGUAACAGGGGGCAACAUUGGCCUUGGAAAGCAAUGUAUACUAGAGUAUGCACGACAUGGCCCAGCACAGAUCUGGAUGGCAGCCCGUAGCAGCGAGAAGGCGAGAGCUGCGGUGAAGGAAAUCCAACAGCAGCUCCCUCCAUCUAACCAAACAUCCAUCACGGUUCUCGAGAUGGACCUCUCCUCCCUCGCCUCGGUAACGAAAGCUGCAAAUACUUUUAUUGCGCAAUGUGACCGGCUGGAUAUCCUUAUGCUCAACGCCGGCGUCAUGGCAGUACCACCCGGCCUCACCACCGAUGGAUAUGAGCUGCAGUUUGGUACCAAUUAUCUAGGUCAUGCACUGCUAGCCAAGCUACUACUCCCUAUACUUCACAAGACAGCGAGCCAACAAGCCGCCGAUUCCCAAGUGCGUAUUAUUAUGGUAUCUUCACAUGGCCAUAUGUAUGCACCAAAGCCGGAGGGUAUUCGAUUCAACACACUUCGAACUGAGGCUGCGGACCUGGGCCCGUAUGGCCGAUACGGCCAAAGCAAGCUUGCUAUGAUCCUCUGGGUAAAGCAUAUGGCGAAGCUAUAUCCGCAAUUUACCCUUGCCUCGAUCCACCCAGGUGUAGUGCGGACAAACUUGAUGAACAACGCAACUGGCUCGCCGCUAAUUGUACGGGCUUUGGGAAAAGUUGCAAACAAGAUUGUUGCUCCAGUUAACCAGGGCGUGAAGACUCAGCUCUGGGCAUCCGUAGCUAAGGACGUCAAGUCUGGGUGGUACUACGAGCCAGUUGGCAUCGGAGGCACGGAGACGGAGUUUGCCAAAGAUGAGGAACUGGCGAAGAAGCUGUGGGACUGGACCCAUAGUGAACUCGAAUAUCUUUUAUAG